AUGGAUGAAGAGCUAGAGAAAACAAGGAGGGAACGGGAUGAUGCUCAGACUGAAUGUGCGGAACUGAGACUUCAACGCUCUUGUUUGCUGGAAACAAAGUUGGUUGAGAGCCUGAUGGGCUCCUGCGAGAUCAGGGAAUUCAUAGACAGUGUGGGAACAGCCAUAUUCGGCUUGGACGCCGAGGGCAGAAUAGAUGUAUGGAACAGACAGUCACAGUCGCUGUUUGGUCUUACAAAGCUCCAAGCUAUGGGAAUGCUCUUUGCGGAUCUUCUAGGCCGUCAAAGUGCAAACUCUCAGGUGACAUCAUGGAUUGGUCUGGCUUGCGGAGGGCAUCAGAUGAGCAGCAUUCAGUUGUCUGUUCCAUCGAACGAGAGAUCUGCUUCCAAAGGAUGCGUGCAUAUCGUCGUCUCAGCUUCUCCCAGAUGGAACUCCGGAAGUUGCUGUGGCACCUUUUGCAUCUGCCAGGACAUAACUGAGAUUAAGGAAUUCGAGGACAGACUGUUGAACAGAUUGAAGACAGCUGAAGAAAUGGCAGAUAGCACCACGAAUCCUAUCAUGGAACUUGAUUCGAAUGGAAUGAUUCUAGGCUGGAAUAGAAUCAUGGUGGAGACAACCGGUGUGUUGCGAGAAGAUGCGUUGAACCAGAAUUUUGCCCAGACAUUUUUGGAUUCCGAAGCUAAUCAUAGAUUUUUAUUGGCUCUCGAGCAUUCCAUGAAUCGAAAGAAAGUUCAAUCUGUUGAAGUCUGUCUGAAGAGUGUCAAAGGAAAUUCCAGUCAAUUCAGUUUCAGCCUUGAUCCACAGCUAGAGGGUCCGGAGCAUGCAGCCAGGGUGAUUUGUGCAGGCAAGAGAAUUUCUGUCAGCGGCAGCCAUGGAAUUCACGAUGAUAUUGCCAACCAAUGGGUCAAUUCACUUCGCACGGCAAAUGCGCCUAUAUUUUCCUUAGAUCUCGAGGGAAACAUUACAGAAUGGAAUGAUGGGGCUGCCCAGAUCACCAACUUCUCGGAGAAAGAUGUGGUUGGGAAAAGUUUCUUUGAAUUUUUGUCUGAGGAUCAUGUCAAAACCUCAAAAUCUAUUUUCAAGUCCAUUUUGAAUGGCAAUUCGAUGACAAACUUUGAAAUUGAAAUGCGCACGCGACAAGGGCACUUUGUUUGCAUUUUGUUGAACGUGACAAAGCGCUUCAAUACCGAAGGGAGUGUUGUAGGCUUUUUUGGAAUUGGACAAGACAUAACUGAACGCAAACACGAUGAGUUGGAACGAUCAAGAAUGGUGGAACAACUGUAUCAUUUCAUUGAGAACACGAACACCCCUAUCUUUGGUGUAGACGAGGAAGGUUUCAUCAAUGAAUGGAAUAAGAAAAUUUCUGAAUUGACGGGUUACUCAAAGCAAGAAUUGCUUGGUCAAAAUUUCAUGGAAACGCUGAUUCCUGACGAAUUCAAGGCAAUCGUGCAAAAUACGUUGCGGACAACUCUGCAAGGAUCAAGCAUAGAGAACAUUGAAUUUUGUUUGUGUACCAAACGGAAGAGGUGCGUUGAUGUGCUCUUAAGCACCUCCCCUCGAAUGAUUCCAUCUGGGAGAGUGGUCGGACUGAUAGGGGUUGGACAGGACAUAUCCGAGCGAAAAAAGAUUGAGGUGGAGAAAGCUCGGGUAGCCGAUGAGUUACAAAGAUUCAUCCAAUCUGCGAAUGCUCCGAUUUUCGGAAUCGAUACCGAUGGAUUCAUCAACGAAUGGAAUGACAUGGCAGCUCAAAUCACUGGAUACACGAAAGAAGAAACCCUUGGUAAGGACUUCGUCAAGGAAUUUGUGAGACCAGAGAAUCAGGAAUCAGUACAGCACGUUUUGUCCAAUGCGCUUAAAGGAAAGGAGGCUGCAAAUUUUGAAUUUCCUUUGUACACCAAGGAAAAUAGGAGAAUUGAGUUCUUGCUGAACGCCACGUCGCGCAGAGAUUUGAACUUGCAUGUUAUUGGUGUGCUUGGUGUUGGACAAGACAUCACUGAGCGAAAGGUGAUUGAAAUCGAGAAAGCUCGGGUUGCACAGGAGCUCCAGACGUUCAUCGACACCGCCAAUGCUCCGAUCCUCGGCAUCGAUGUACUUGGGCGGGUGAACGAGUGGAACAACAAGGCAGCAGAGAUCACGGGCUUCUCGAGCGAGGAGGUGAUUGGAAGAGACUUAGUGCAAGAAUUUAUCACCGAGGAAUAUCAAAUUUCUGUCAAGGAGGUGCUUGAUAAUGCCUUGAGGGGGAAUGAGACUGCGAACUUCGAGUUUCCCAUGUACACCAAGGAGAAGCAGCGAGUUGAGGUGUUACUGAACGCUACCACCCGUAGGGACGUCAGCGGGAAGGUGGUGGGAGUGAUUGGAGUAGGUCAAGACAUCACUGAGAGGAAGAGAAUUGAAAUUGAGAAAGCUCGGGUUGCACAGGAGCUCCAGACGUUCAUCGACACCGCCAAUGCUCCGAUCCUCGGCAUCGAUGCGCUUGGGCGGGUGAACGAGUGGAACAACAAGGCAGCAGAGAUCACGGGCUUCUCGAGCGAGGAGGUGAUUGGAAGAGACUUAGUGCAAGAAUUUAUCACCGAGGAAUAUCAAAUUUCUGUCAAGGAGGUGCUUGAUAAUGCCUUGAGGGGGAAUGAGACUGCGAACUUCGAGUUUCCCAUGUACACCAAGGAGAAGCAGCGAGUUGAGGUGUUACUGAACGCUACCACCCGUAGGGACGUCAGCGGGAAGGUGGUGGGAGUGAUUGGUGUUGGACAAGACAUCAGCGAGAGAAAGUACGCAGAAGAGGAGAAGGCGCGGGUAGCACAGGAGCUCCAGACGUUCAUCGACACCGCCAAUGCUCCGAUCCUCGGCAUCGAUGUGCUGGGGCGGGUGAACGAGUGGAACAACAAGGCAGCAGAGAUCACGGGCUUCUCGAGCGAGGAGGUGAUGGGGCAGAGCUUGGUGGAGGUGUACAUCACGGAAGAGUUCCGAUCCUCAGUCAGACGAGUUCUAGAUAAUGCCCUUUCUGGUUUGUGUACUGCGAACUUCGAAUUUCCUUUGUACACCAAGGACAAUCAGCGAGUUGAGGUGUUACUGAACGCUACCACCCGUAGGGACGUCAGCGGGAAGGUGGUGGGAGUGAUUGGAGUAGGUCAAGACAUCACUGAGAGAAAAAUUGCUGAAGAGGAGAAGGUGCGGGUAGCCCGGGAGCUUCAGACGUUCAUCGACACCGCCAAUGCUCCGAUCCUCGGCAUCGAUGUGCUUGGGCGGGUGAACGAGUGGAACAACAAGGCAGCAGAGAUCACGGGCUUCUCGAGCGAGGAGGUGAUGGGGCAGAGCUUGGUGGAGGUGUACAUCACUGAAGAAUAUAAGGAGAGGGUCAAAGAAGUUCUAGAUGCUGCGCUUGUUGGCAACGAGACUGCGAACUUCGAGUUUCCUUUGUUCACCAAGGACAAUCAGCGAGUUGAGGUGUUACUGAACGCUACCACUCGCCGAGAUAGCAAUGGUCGACCCGUGGGAGUGAUUGGAGUAGGUCAGAACAUAACCGAACGCAAGCGCGUUGAAGAAGAGAAAACCAGAGUCGCUCAAGAGCUUCAGACGUUUAUCGAUACUGCGAACGCUCCUAUUUUCGGCAUCGAUGCAGACGGAAAGGUCAACGAGUGGAACAACAAGGCGGUCGAAAUCACAGGCUACUCAAGAAAGGAAGUGUUCGGACGGGAUCUAGUUGAAGUCUACAUCACAGCUGAAUUUCGCAAUUCAGUCCGCAAUGUCCUACAAAAUGCACUCAAGGGACGAGAAGCUGCCAACUUCGAAUUCCCAAUCUUUACCAAGGACAAUCGUCGGGUCGAGCUUCUCUUGAACGCAACGACUCGACGAGACAUGAGUGGCGCCAUCAUCGGGGUCAUUGGGGUGGGACAAGACAUCACGGACAUGCGAAAGUUGAUGGAGCAGGAGACUUUGCUCUUCCAGGCACAAGCAGCCAACGAUGCUAAGUCGCAGUUCCUGGCGACCAUGUCCCAUGAGAUGCGAACACCGCUGAAUGUAAUCAUGGGGAUGAGCCAGAUGCUGUUGGACACAAACCUCUCCAUCGAGCAACGAAGAUUUGCGGAACAGACGAUGAACUCUUCCGAAUCGCUGCUGAUCCUGAUCAACGACAUCCUGGACUUGACCAAGAUCGAAGCCGGCAAGCUCGAGCUCACGUCUGUGGAGUUCGAUCUCCGACAAGUGCUGGAGGACGCCAUAGAUUCCAUCGCAUCCAAGGCCCUCGUGAAAGGGCUGGAGAUCUGUUUGUAUUUGGAUCCUAUGCUGCACACUGGGGUCAAAGGAGAUCCUGACCGGCUGCGACAGAUUCUGCUGAACCUUCUGUCCAACGCAAUCAAGUUCACACACCAGGGGCAAGUCUACCUGCUGGUGGAGGCAGACGACCUGUCUUGCUCUCACGUGACAUUCCGGUUCAAGGUGUACGACUCGGGGAUCGGAAUCUCCGAGGAAGGGCAAAAGAAGCUCUUCAACCGCUUCUCCCAGGUGGAUUCCUCAACCACCCGCAGCUACGGAGGAACGGGCCUCGGCCUAGCCAUCUCAAAGCAGUUUGCCGAGCUCAUGAAUGGCUCGAUGGGGGUCAGCAGCUCGAUGGGACAAGGCUCGCUCUUCUGGUUCACCGCCACCUUCCAACGGGCUGACGACUAUCACGUUCAAGGUACCAAGAGGAACUCGCAAUCGGUUGAAACAGAGGUGGUUCUAGUUGCCGGCAACGAGACUCUGCGAUACUCCAUGAUGAAGUGCAUUCAAGGGCUCGACUACAAUGUGAAGGCUGUCGACCGGAUGUCGAACGUGUCAUUUUCCUCGGAUAAUGCCAAGAUCAUCAUGAUAGUUUGUCCUUCCAUUUCCAAUGAGCAGAACAUGAGCAUCAUGAAACAACAGGACUCUGGGAUGGGUGAGAAUUUGCAAUCGAUGUACAACUCUUUGAAAGAAAUAUCAGCAAAGUACACAGGAGUCAGUUGUUUGGUACUCUGUCCUAUCACUCAGCUGAGCCGAUCGGCUGAGUUUCGAAAUAUUCCAAGAUGUGUCGUGCUCAGCCGUCCGUCUCGUCUGGCAAUUCUUGGUGACGCCUUGUUUGAGGUCUCAGGAGAACUGUUUCAGAGCUGCCUGUUGGAAGACAACAGCAUGUCAAACAAAUUGACCGCAGCUCCUGAAAUGAACUUUGUCUCGAGGGAUCAAGAAGGCACUAAGAUCUUGAUCGCCAUCAAUGAUGUUACGCAGCGAAUGGUGCUGAAGGCCAUGCUGAUGCGAGAGUCGCAUGAGUGUAUGGCAUGCGCAAGCACCACGGAACUCUCCCACGUCAUCAAGCAGUGUGGCAAUGGAUGGAAUUUCGACAUUCUCUUCCUCGAUCUGGAUUUAGGGGAUGCAAAGACAGGCGAUGGGGAAACAAGCUUCACGAUUGUUGAGCAGGUCAGAAAGAUUGAGAAAGACUUUCCCGACAGGAACAGACUGAUCGUAGUUGGAGUCGUCGACGACAUCUACUCGAAGGAGAGCUGCGCUUGCUUGGAGGCUGGCUUUAAUGUCUGCUUGGCAAGGCCGCUGACGAGGCAUGACGUUAAUUUGAUUCUACUCGAGCAAAAGUCUCACGUUCGCACGGGAAUCGUCACAAAUCACUGGAAAGGCGAAACAGCACCAGCCCAGGUGACUCCUCACAUCAACCACGCGGUCCUACCGGUACAACAUGCUCUAACUGGACGAGUCUUGGUUGUCGACGACGAUCAUGGGCAAAGGAUGCUCCUCAAGUCUAUGCUGAAGAAGGCGGGUUACGAUGUGGAAGAGGCACAGGACGGAGCUGACGCUGUGCAUGCUAUCAGUACGAUUGAGUACGACGUGGUCCUCAUGGAUGGCUUCAUGCCCAAGCUGACGGGGUGGGAGGCCACUGCGCAGAUCCGUGCGAAUGAAGCAGCGGGAGGAGCGACGAGGCCGCUGACGAUCAUCGGGAUCACGGGAGCUGCCGCCUCUGACGACACAGCUAAGUUCUGGGCGGCAGGGAUGACGGACUUGAUCUCCAAGCCUGUCAGGAAAGACCAGCUGCUCGCGGUGGUGAAUAAGUGGAUGGUGAGCAAGCGGAUACACAGAGAGAUGCCCAAGAACAAUUUAACAACAACAAAUCAUGUCGCAAAAGCCGAAUUACCUUCAAGCGUUCUCAUUUAUGAGACAGUGAAAACCCAGAAAGUAAUUCUCAAAGGGAUUUUGAAACAGACAGGAAUGGACUUCGAGAUUGUAGACACAUUUGAUGACUUCAUGUCGCAUUCCAAGCUUGCAAAGUUUCGUUGCAUCUUGUUUUCUAUUCAUGAUGCGGUCGAAACUCAAGUUCAGCUCGGCAAGUUGAAGCAGCAACUCAUCGAAGCUCACCGAACAAGUGUUCGUAUCUUUGGAAUGGCAGAUGAGGAUAUGCUACCGUGGCUUGACGGUCUUGCCUUCGACCGGUUGGUAAUGAAACCCCUCAAGAAAGAGUCUCUUGCCCUGCUCCUGCAAGCCCCCAGCUCUGCUCAGCAGGCUCGCGAGGACUCUCAACAGCCGGACGAGCCUCAAGUUGUCGAGGGUGGAAGAGCACCUGGACAGAUGCGGAUCCUCAUCGUUGAAGAUCACUGGGCCAACAGGAGGCUGCUGGAGGCCAUGCUGAUCAAGCUGGGACACAGGAUGGAGGCGGUCGAGAACGGGCUGGAGGCAGUAAACAUCACGAGCAGCAGACUCUAUGACGUCAUCCUCAUGGACUGCAACAUGCCCAUCAUGGAUGGAUGGCAGGCGACAGAGAACAUCAGACAACGAACUGGACCGAAUCAGAAAACGCCGAUCAUAGCGGUGACAGCCAACGCGAUGAAGGGCGACAGGGAGAAAUGCUUGGCGUCGGGCAUGGACGACUACAUCACCAAACCUGUGGAGAGGAAGAAACUAGAGGAUGUGCUAGGGCGGUGGGGGGGGUUGGACAGCAACCUUGCAUGAGUCAGCUCAGGAGAGCUGCUCUGUUGUGAAUUAGCCUGUACUAUGCUUGAAGACAUGAAUACAAAUUCAUGAGAAC